ACCCGUUGUGUAUGGGAAUUUUCCUCCAACUUGGCCAUCCACUCAUCUUUUGAUAUAUUAUCUUGUUUCUCCGGGAAGCUCAUUGUUCUUUCGUAAUCAGCAUCGACAGUUAGGAUAAACAAACGAUUCACCGAAAGUACAUGCACGAUUAUACUGAUACAAUCCAAGUACCUUGCGAAAAGAAAUUUCGAGUAUCUGACACAACAGCUGAUUCCUCGCCGCUAUUUCGCUGAAAACGUAAACAGAGCAGCGCUACAGUGAGACUGACGCGACUUUGAUAUAAACAGAGAAAAUCAAACAUAAAAGUAGAGUUAUUUAAGUGAAGAAAAAUACAGCAAGAUAUUCAAGUGAAAAUGUAAAUAUUUUUGGAAUAAUUCAACGUCGUCGGCGUCGCGACGCAAUCAAGGCGCAACGUUAAAGGCAGUGCACAAGUCGAUCUUUAAAAUCAGAAUUAACGUGUACGCACCGUGUGAAUGAUGAUUUACUUUUUGGUACGUUAAAUCAACCCAGAGGUGGCGCCAGUAUGGCAAAAUAGGGGAAACUAAAGGGGUGUUACCCUUCCUCUUAUUACUGCAUGAGUUACCAUUGUGACACGUGCACGACAUAGCGUAGAAGGGGUAAAAUAGAGUGGGAGACAAGUAUGUUAAAGGGUAAAGUAGCGUGGCCACACCAGUGAAGCCAGAAAGCAACGAAAUGGUUUCUUUUCUUCACUUGGAACAACCCCUACUAUUUAAAACCGUAGACUGAUCACGUGACGUGCAGCGCGACUCAUAUCAGGGGACAUUUGGCGGUGACCAGAUAGGGGAAAUUGAGGAGAAUAAAGUUACCCUCUUCUUGAUCUUAUGAGGAAUGGAAUAGUGGAAGGGGUAAGGCGGAGUGGGAAGAAAAAACCAUUCCGUUGUUUUCUGGCUUCAGUAGCGGUGACGGUAGUAUCGUAUUAUUUGUUUUGAAUUAUACUGCAUUUGGCAAUCAUAUUUUGAGAACGAAGUGCUCUAAAAGUGAAAACAAAUUUUCUUUAAUUUCAACAAUGAGUGAGAAAUUAGAAACUGAUCAAGAUAUCAUCAGUCACAACAGCAGCAGUAGCAGCAGUGGUAUUCCACCAUUUAAAAAGCCACGACUUCUAGAAAAGUGGCUAAGAGAUCCAGAAAUGUCUACGUGGUUGAGAAAACGAGAAGACGAGCAUGCAUGGUGUGCCAUAUGUGAGACUCAUUUAAAAACCAGCAUUGGGAAGAUUGGUUUAAAGAAACAUGCAAAUAGCCUACAUCACAAGAUGAAUGUACAUAAAAAGAUGGAAGGAGCAGGUACGAGUUCAGCUCCACAAGUUUCCAAAAAUGAGAUUAAGGAAGCAGAAAUUAGGUACUGUUUAUUUGCAGUCGAACACAAUGUUAACUUCCAAAUGUUUCAAGCUUUAAGUAAAUUAAAUAAAAUUAUAGCUUCAAAACUACCGUUAAUGCAAUGUAUUAAAUUAGGAAGGACUAAAAUAAGAGCUAUCAUUAAGAAUGUAAUUAAUAAGUCUUUAAUUUUAGAUAUAAAGGAAAUGUUGAAAGAGAAAUAUUUUUCUCUUAUAAUUAAUGAAAGUACAGAUAAUACAAAUGUUAAGAGUUUAAGUAUUUUAGUUAGAUUUAUAGACAAUCGAAAUUUAGAAACACAGUUGUUAGAUUUAAUUAGAAUAAAAGAGGCUACUGCUGAAAACAUGUACAAAUGUAUAUUACAUAGUUUAAAUAGGUUUAAUUUAUCUGUUAGUAACAUGAUUGGGGUAGGUGUGGACAAUGCCAAUGUUGUGAUAGAGGCCAAGAAGUCUUUAAUGUCACAGUAUAUUGACAAUAAACUAGAUAAACCAGAGUCAAGUACACAAAUCAUAGAAUUUUAUAAAAAUGUUCAGAAGUUUUCUCAGACUGCUCAUAAUGAUAAAUUUCUAGCUGCUUUGAAUUUCACAAAUCCUAAAGUAGCACUUGAUGAUGAAAAGCAUACAGACCAAAUAGAAAUUGUUUUAAAAAAAUAUCCAUCAAUAUUUAAUACUGCAAAAGUGACUGAUCAGUGGUUUUUAUUAUCCAUGAAACCUACUGAAAAUGAACAAAAACAUUUACAAACAUUAGGAGCAAUUGAAUUUUGGUACACUAUAAGUGAUUUAAAAGAUGAAUUGGGCAACUUGUUAUAUGAUGAAAUUGCAAAACUUGCAUUUCUAUGUCUUUCACUGCCACAUUCAAAUGCAGAUGUGGACAAAUUUUUUUCCACAAUUACAGAUAUAAAGAAUAAAAAAAGAUGUAGGCUAGAUACACAGAUGAUCUGUGCCAUGACACGAAUUAAGUUACACUUACAAUCAAAGCACAUUGAUGCAUGCAGCUUUAAAAUAUCUAACCAAUUAUUACAUUGCUUUAAUUAUGAAAUGUAUAACAAAGAAGAAAUCCCAUCAGAAUUGAGGGGAAUCUUGCUUCCUGAUGAAACUGAUGAGAAUGACAGUAACAGUGAUGCAUUAUGAGCAUUUUUUUGUUUAUUGUAUUUUAUUGUAUCAUAUUGUAUUAU